UUUAUUAAUCUAUUUUUUUUUUUUCUCAAAUCAAACCCUGUUACUUUCCCAAAUUAUUUUUUAGUCCUUGAUGCGCCGAGAAUUAGGGUUAGGGUUUGGUUUCCAUCUUCGAAGUUCCGGGAAUUAGGACCAAGAUUAGGGUUCCGACGAUGCCCCGCCACCGGGGAACCCGCGCUAAAACCCUAGCUACGUGUUUGCCUCUCUUGCUGUUGCUUUUCGUCUUGAUCUCCUUCGCUGUGGCGGAGGACGUGGAGAGGUCGGCGUUGAUCCAGUUCAAAGCCUCCGUUUCCGCUGAUCCCGGCGGGGUACUGGCUCUUUGGUCCGGCUCUGAUCACUGUUCCUGGCCCGGAGUUCUCUGCGACUCGGGGUCUAGGGUUUUUGCUUUGAAUAUAUCGGCAAAGGCGGAGUCUUGCCCCAAUUCGGGAUCUUUUCGCAGGAGCUGCUCGGAUCCACGGCGGAGGCUAGCCGGGAAGCUCAGCCCUGAGGUGGGCAAUCUUUCGGGACUUCGAGUUCUUGUUUUGGCUUUCCAGAGCUUUGAAGGUGAGAUUCCGGAUGCGAUUUGGGGCUUGGAAAACCUUGAGGUGAUUAAUCUCGAGGGCAACUUGUUCUCUGGAUCCCUUCCUUCGAGUUUCCCUCCCCGUCUUCAAGUCCUGAAACUCGGAUCGAAUCGUAUCAGAGGUGAGAUCCCACUUUCUCUUUUGAAUUGCUUCAAUUUGGAAACCCUUGACCUCUCUGGCAACCAGCUCAAUGGCAUGAUGCUAAGAAACUUCAGCAAUUUCCCCAAAUUGAGGGAAUUAUAUCUCUCUUUCAAUCGUUUAAGUGGUAAAAUCCCUGAUGAUAUUGGAACUGGUUGCCAGAAUCUUGAGCACCUGGACCUUUCCGGGAACCAACUCAUCGGUAGCAUUCCCCAUAGUUUGGGGUACUGCACCAAUCUUCAAUCGUUGCUUUUGUUUUCCAAUCUUUUGGAUGGUGCCAUUCCGUCGGAAAUUGGAAACUUACAAAAGCUUAGAGCUUUGGAUGUUUCGAGGAACAGCCUGAGCAGUCCUGUGCCUCCAGAGCUUGGUAAUUGUACUGAGUUAUCUGUUCUGGUUCUCUCGAAUCUCUUUGAUCCAAUGCCAGGCAGAGAGGACUCCAGUGUUUUGGACGAGUUCAAUGCUAUUCAAGGAGAGAUCCCUGAGAGUGUUACCAGCUUGCGGAACCUUAGAAUAUUUUGGGCUCCAAGGACAAUGCUUGGAGGUGUGAUUCCAAGAAGCUGGGGUGUUUGUAGGAGCUUGGAAAUGGUUCAUUUUGGUGAAAGCUUUUUCUCUGGAGGGAUUCCAUCAGCGUUCAGACAAUGUGAGAAUCUGAGGUUUCUGAAUCUGAGCUCAAACAAGCUGACAGGUUGGCUUGAUGACGAACUUCCUGUGCCAUGCAUGGAUGUGUUUGAUGUCAGUGGGAAUAAUUUAUCCGGCUCCAUUCCGAAGUUUACUCAGUGCUCCUCAACUCGGCUUCCUUCCGAUGAGUUGACCUCUGUGUACUUGUCAUUCUUUGAGUACAGGACUGAUCAGCAAAUUUCUUUGCCAACUAGUGCAUCGGCUGGUGGUUUCACAGUUUAUCAUAAUUUUGGCAGGAACAAUUUUACUGGUUCUCUGACAUCUCUACCAGUUGCAACAGAGAGAUUUGGAGGUCAAGUGGCAGCAUACGCAUUUCUUGCUGAUGGGAAUGAAAUAAAUGGGUCAAUGACCAAUGCUAUGUUUGAGAAGUGCAAGGACUUGAGUGCUCUGGUACUGAAUUUCAGCAACAAUAUGAUUUCUGGUGUAAUUCCGGAAGAAAUUGGCUCUUUGUGCAGGUCUCUUGUGGUCUUGGAUGGUGCUGGUAAUCGCAUUACUGGAACAAUUCCUGGCAGUUUCAGUUUAUUGGACAGGCUUGUUGAUCUUGAUUUGAGCAGGAACCAACUCCAAGGCCAGAUUCCUGCCAGUUUGGGUCAGUUGAAGAGUUUGGAACAUCUCUCAUUAGCCCAAAAUAACCUUAGCGGUCAGAUUCCUUCUGGCUUCGAUGAGUUGCAUUCACUCAAGGAGCUGGAUCUUUCUUCAAAUUCUGUUGGCGGUGAGAUCCCAGGUGGCCUUUCCAACUUAAAUAAUCUCCGCGUGUUACUGCUUGACAGCAACAAGCUUUCCGGAAAGAUACCUUCUGGUUUGACUAAUGUCACAUUAUUCGGGAAGUUCAAUGUGUCCUACAAUAAUCUCUCUGGCCCUUUACCUUUUAAUUCCAGCAUGAUGAGUUGUAACAGUGUAAUGGGAAACCCGUUACUCCAACACCAGCCUUGCAGCGGCAUUUCUCUCUCUGUUCCUCCAUUAGAUGUGCAAGGGCGCGCCAAUGCUGACCAGUCAAGUGCUUAUUCUCCUCCUGCAAGCUCCCCUAGUAAUAGCGGCAAUAAAGGGUUCAGUUCAAUUGAGAUUGCCUCUAUAACUUCAGCAUCUGCUAUUGUGUCAGUCCUUAUAGCUCUAGUCAUCCUUUAUGUAUACACUAGGAAAUGUGCUCCAAGAUCCUCAGUUCAGUCUUCUGGAAGGAAGGUAACGAUUUUUACAGACAUUGGGGUGCCAGUAACUUAUGAAGCUGUUGUGCGAGCCACCGGGAAUUUCAAUGCUAGUAAUUGCAUUGGAAGUGGAGGAUUUGGGGCCACAUACAAGGCUGAGAUUGCGCCAGGAGUAUUGGUCGCUAUAAAGAGACUUGCAGUUGGGAGAAUCCAGGGAGUUCAGCAAUUUCAUGCGGAAAUAAAGACUCUAGGGAGGUGGCGUCAUCCCAAUCUUGUAACUUUAAUAGGAUAUCAUCUGGGCGAGGCUGAGAUGUUUCUCAUUUAUAAUUAUUUGCCUGGAGGUAACUUGGAAAGGUUCAUACAUGAGAGAUCCAAGAGGCCUGUUGAUUGGAGGAUGCUUCACAAGAUUGCUUUAGACGUUGCACGUGCACUUGCUUAUCUUCAUGACCACUGUGUUCCUCGUAUUCUUCAUCGGGACGUUAAGCCUAGCAAUAUUUUGUUAGACAAUGAUUUCACUGCCUAUCUAUCAGACUUCGGACUAGCAAGGCUUCUAGGGAACUCUGAAACCCAUGCAACUACUGGUGUUGCUGGAACUUUUGGCUAUGUUGCUCCAGAAUAUGCUAUGACUUGCCGGGUUUCAGACAAGGCUGAUGUAUACAGCUACGGUGUUGUCUUGUUGGAGUUGAUUUCAGACAAGAAAGCGUUGGAUCCCUCCUUCUCACCAUACGGGAAUGGUUUUAAUAUUGUUGCUUGGGCAUCCAUGCUAUUGAGACAAGGCCGGGCUCAUGAGUUCUUCACUGAAGGACUGUGGGAUGUGGGGCCUCGUGAUGAUCUGGUGGAGGCAUUACAAUUGGGUGUCAUGUGUACUGUUGAAUCACUUGCUAUUAGGCCAACAAUGAAGCAGGUCGUUCAACGGCUGAAGCAACUUCAGCCUCCCAUGCUCUGCAAGCGUUGAUAAUAGUAGCAUGUCUUACAUAUUACUAACACAUUGGAAGGUAAACAGAGCCGCAAUAUUUCUGAAGAAGGACAUCAUGCAGAGAUGGAUCGACUAGUUUGCAAAUCAAUCUCCUUGCCAAUUAGUUGGUUGGAGUUUCAACCUCUGGUAUACACAUUGGUCUCUGAAGUUGGUGUUCAUCCACCAACUGGUGACUUGAGAGAUCUGCUGGAAGAAAAGCUCUCCUCAGCCAGUCAGCCCCAUUCCAAACUUUGCAAGAAAAUUUGAAGGAGACCUGUAACAAGUUUGAGACUGCAAAUUUACCACUAAUUACAAACUUGAGGGCUCCACUGGUGGAAGCAGAUGCUUGUGUGCUGAUUGAAAGCUUAGAAAUGCUGUCAUUGAAAUCAACUCCAAUUCUUUUAGUUUUCUCACAAUUGGGAAUGCCCUGAUGGCUGUAAAUGAAUUGAGUCUUCUGUAUUAAUGGCAAGAAUAUUUUUGCCAAACUCUUUUUGUCUUUGUGGUUCUUAUAUAGAGUGUUAAAAAAGUAUAAUACCUGAGCAAACAUUGUUGUAGUGGAGGCCUUGUUUUGUUUUUCCAUUUUUGAGGUAGACUAAACAUUGGAGUGCAAUUUCUCAAUCAAAAAGUUGUUGGCUCCA